AUGGACCAACAAGCAUCACCGCGGCUAGCUAGUGACCUGUCUCUCUUCAAUUGGGUGGAUUCUCAUCAAAGCACAUCGUUACUUGAAUUCAGCCGCCCAUUAUCACAGGAGUCGGCGACCUCCGAUAUCAACUUAUUGCUCUCAGCCUGCUCCUAUCCCUUGCCCGAACCAAAUAACUCGCAAAAUGCUCAAAUUGAUACGCCAUCACUGAAUUCGGGCGACACCACUUUCGAGCUCGCAUCUAACUUGAACUGGACAAACACAAACCGAACAUCCGUCUCUAAGCCCACGACACCGCGACCACAGAAACGCCAGCGACAUGGACCGAAGAAAACUGCACCAGCGAAGAAUCGUACAACACCACAAGAAGUUGACGAUAGCAAGGAAAGUCCUAGAGAGCGUCGUCGUAUGCAAACUUGCAUGGCACAACGUGCCUAUCGUUCACGACAGCAAGCCACAGUCGAAGGCCUCAAAAGCCGCAUCUCCAAUUUGGAGACGUCAAUGGAGAAAAUGAGCUCUGCUAUGCUGUCAUUCAGUGAGCAGCUGGUCCAAAGCGGAGUGCUUAGAUCACACCCUGGGCUGACGGCGAAUUUACGUGACACAAUGAAGAUAUUCCUUUCUGGGGCAUCAGGAGCAAGCCUCGACAACGAGAUAAAGGUACCAAUUGACUCUAAUAAGACGAUUGACUCACCUUCAGCCUCAAAAGUGCCAACAAUCAAGCUCCCGUCACCUAACAUCCCUUUACACCUGCCCCAGAAUGGUCCUGAAUCAAAUCACCUUAAAAGUGCUGUCAUGCCAUAUACCGCCACCUCAUCAGGGGUGUCGAUUAUAGAGGUUUCCAAUUUCAUUGAAAGGCUGCUCUUAACGUCGCUCUACCAGGGAUAUCUCGGCCUAUGCAAUCCAUCUAUUGGCUUGGAUCAACUCCAAAGGCCCUUUGGGCUCAUUUUUAGUAUGAUGAGCCGCGAACGCCUGUCGUCUUACUUCAAAGCGAAAUUAUAUGCUCAAGUAAGCCAAAAGCCGCUGGAUGGAUGGGAGGAAGUUCCCCUAUUUAGAUUGGGAGGCGUGGGAACACAUUAUCCCGACGGGAGAACGGGUACAUUUUCGCCCGUUUACCAGACAUGGGGCACCGUAGAGGACCCUUUGUCACUCGUCACAGCAGAUUUAAGGAAGCAACUAGAAGGGGAUUGGUUUGACUUGCAAGAUCUAGAGGGAUAUCUUCGAGAAAGGAAUGUGCUCCUGGUUGCGUCCGCCGGUGAGCCAACAAAAUACUCGAAAAAGCAGACCAAUAUCAAUAUUUCGCGUUUGAUAUCAGCGUUGAUCAGCAGAGGAGUUUGCCUGGGUCGGACACCUGGGUUCCAACGCAAUCAUGUGGAGGAGGCUUUACACUUUUCGACUAUAGUAUGA